AUGACAGUGGACACUGAUAUUCGUGACAUAGGCUGUACACCGACUGCUCCGAUGUCACUAAAAAUGCCGUCAACGAGCACACACACUAGUCAAUGUAGGCUUGAUAAGACUUUGCCUAUACCAUAUGUGUUACCGUCGAACGUGAAAAAACUAAGUAAAAUAGAUGACGCAAAUGCAUUUGACGUUAUUGUGGAUGUUAGGCCGUACAAUCACUAUUCCACGGGUCAUUUGAAGGGAGCUGUUAAUAUAUGCAUUCCCACUACAUUAAUGAAAAGAAGAUCGUAUACACUAGAGUAUGUUAUUCGCAAUAGCAAUAUUCCAGAUCCGACGAAGGAUUUGUUGUUGGGAAAAAUGAAGUCGCAGCAGUCCGAAGAGGAGCAGCUUUUGAAGGUUCUCUUGUACGACCAAAAAUCGGAUAACGACCAAAUUAGUCAUUGUACUUACCAGAUGAUCCAAAAAUUUGAGAAUUACAAGGACAGCUUAGAUAUAUACUUCUUGGGAGGUGGGUAUGAAUCUGGGAGUUUUGAUAAGAAUUUAAUAGAAUGUUCUAGCAAGGACCCACCAUGUGAUGUUCAUUGCAAGAACUCAUUAUCUGGCUUCACGCUACCUUCUGCAACCCCUUUCACUCAAAAAUUUGUAUCGUCUAUUAAAAGGAAUACAGUUUUAACCCCCUUAGACACAACUCAGACCGACGCAACAUCUGAAAGCAAUAGCUUUAAAAACUAUCCUCAUAUUUUUAAAACACCUGAGCAUUUCAAGCAAUAUGUCGAUAAAUUACCCCCCUGGCUUCAAUUUACGAAUUCUCUGAAUUGUGAUAUUUUGAGGUAUUUGAAUGACAAAUUUAGUAAAAUUGAAAGAUUAGAACAAGCUAGACUUAAUUUCGUUGCAUCUAAUAGUUCGGCAAAACAUAUCCCGAAUAUUUGCUCUCCUAAUGGCCUUUGUCCAAGCUGUGAUAAUAUCAAAUACAAAAUCCCAAAGGGUGUCGAAUAUGGAUACAAGAAUAGAUACAAUAAUAUCUGGCCUUAUGAGCAUUCUAGGGUCAAAUUGGAUGGCUCAGCCGAUGACUAUUUCAAUGCCAAUUUUAUUAGUAAUUAUAUUGCUACCCAGAACCCAUUACCUGCAACAUUUGAAGAUUUCUGGAAGACAGUUUGGAUCAAUAAUGUUAACGUUAUUGUUUGCUUAAACCAGCAAGUGUUUGGGAAAAGUUAUUACGAUGAUACAUAUUUUGAAAGUAGUAAGCUACAGAUUACAAAUUUUGAAAGAACUGAUUACUCCGACUUCAUUCUCAGAAAGAUUAGAUUAAGCAAUGAUGCGGAUGAAGGUAAAGAACAAACAGUUUAUCACUUAGCAUAUGAAAAGUGGCCGGAUUUUGGAGUGCCUGGCGACUCCAACAGCAUAUUAAAUUUAAUUGAAUUCAAAAACAAGCUUAUAAAAGACGAACGUUUAAAUAAUAAUAUAAUGGUGCAUUGCUCUGCUGGAUGUGGGAGAACAGGUGUUUUCAUCACUAUAGACUCAAUGAUCAGACAAGUCAAGAAUUACAACUCAGGAUUUUGGUCCAAUAAUGAUUUGAUUUAUAAAUCUGUACAAUAUCAAAGGACUCAAAGAAUAUCUAUGGUACAGAAUUUUGAUCAAUUUAUUGUUUGCUAUGAAAUUGUGUUGCUUUAUUUGAUUAAUCAUUUUCAAGAGAAUGCUACAUCUCAAUACUUUCCAUCUAGUACAUAA